GCCUGCGCAGGAAGGGCGGGUCAGCGCGCCGGCGCAGGGCCGCGGUCACAGGCUGAGUGUUGCGGCGCGAUCCUCGCUUCCCUGAGUGUUGGCCGGGGAGGAAAGAAGAUGGUGCUGGAUCUGGAUUUGUUUCGGGUGGAUAAAGGAGGGGACCCAGCCCUCAUCCGAGAGACGCAGGAGAAGCGCUUCAAGGACCCGGGACUAGUGGACCAGCUGGUGAAGGCAGACAGCGAGUGGCGACGAUGUAAGUACCGGCACGAGCGGGUUACCUCCUUGAUCCUAAACCCAACUUUCUCAAAUCCAGCCACCGCUCCUGAGGCCACAGCUUCCACCCUUCGUCAAACCCCCUCCCAAGGUGCGGUGGCUACGAGGUUCUCCCCAUCCGCGAAAACACGCCUGGUAGCCGGGGUCGUCCCACUUUCUCCUCCACCCGGGCGGUGCGAGGUCCCUUCCACGCGUGCUCAGUUCCGUUCGUUGCCUGUGUGCGUACGCACGCCCAUCGGGAGCUGUCAAACCUUCCUGCCCCAGGAGUUGCCAGAGCAUGCCGUGGCGGGAGGUUGUGGGGUCGAGGCGGCUUUUCUAUCACGAAUCUUUGGUCGCCCCCAGUCUUUUUCUCAUCUUCAGCAAGGCCAGAGUGGUUUUCCUUUGUUUUGAUAGGAUCAAAGGCUC